AUGGGGAACGUGCAGUCGGAGCCGUCCGCGGGCGGGGGCUCCCGAAAAGAGCAGGCCUCGGACCGGUCCUCUGACUCCCGCCGGACAUCCCUGGUGGAGCCCGAGGUGACCCCCUCCUCCCCGGCCAUGCGCCUGGCUCGCGGGCUGGGCGUUUGGUUCCCUGGCAGCUCCGCGCCCCCGGGACUCCUGGUACCCCCGGAGCCCCAGGCCUCACCCUCACCCCUGCCCCUGACCUUAGAACUGCCCUCGCCAGUGACGCCCCCUUCAGAGGAGGCGGCUGCGGCCGCGGUCUCCACACCACCCCCGCCCCCCGUGGGGACCCUGCUGCCCACGCCGUCUAAGUGGCGAAAACCCACGGGCACUCCGGUGCCCCGGAUCCGCGGUCUGCUGGAGGCGAGUCAUCGCGGCCAGGGCGACCCUCCGAGCCUCCGCCCGCUGCCGCCGCCGUCCCGACAACUAACCGAAGAGGACCCCGACCCUGUCCCGAGGGCCCCAUCUCCGACUCCGCCGCCCUUGGAGCCGCGGAAGCCGCCACUACCGCCACCUUCCGACCGGCAGCCCCCGGACCGCAGAAUCACUCCUACUCUGGCCACACCCGCCGCAACCCCUACAGAAAGCCAGGCAAGACUCGGCAGCGAGGGCCAGACGGCCAGCGGGGCCCGCAGCGGGGUACCUCCCCAAGCAGGCGAGGGCGAAAUGGCCAGGCCUGCGGCCUCCGAGCCCGGCCUGAGUCUGUUGUGUAAAGUCACCUUCAAGUCGGGGCCCCCUCUGCCCCCUGCAGCAGCGUCGAGUUCUUUAGCCGCUAAAGCCUCUUUCGCGGGCGGCGGCGGCGGCGGCGGACUCUUCGCCGCCUCGGGCGCCAUCUCCUACGCUGAGAUCCUGAAGCAGGGACCCCUGGCUCCUGGGGCCUCUCGCCCCUCGGGAGAGGUCCCUCGGGGAACUCAGAAAGCAGAGGGCGGAGAUGGAGACGGCGAGGGGUGUUCUGGACCCCCCUCGGCGCCUGCCUCCCACGCCUGGACCUUUCCGCCACCACCUUACACCACCUUCCCUGGCUCGAAGCCCAGAUUUGACUGGGUGACCCCUCCUGAAGGCCCUGAACGCCACUUUCGCUUCAAUGGGGCUGGCGGAGGCGUCUGGGCACCCAGACGGCGCUCAGCCGCUUUCUCAGGGCCCUGGGGCUCCACACCGCCUGCUCCAGGGCAGAUGCAUCCUGCUCCCGGGUCCUGGAGGCCUGCACCCGCCUUGCUGGCGCCGCCUAUGUUCAUCUUCCCGGGGCCCACCAAUGGCGAGCCUGUGCGCCCCGGGCCUCCCGGCCCCCCCGAGCUGCCGCCGCCGCCGCCGCCGCCGCCGCCGCCCACACCACCACCCACGCCGCCUCCAGCGCCGCCUCCCACACCGCAGCCGCCCGUGCUCCAGCCAACGCCGCUGCCCGUGACGCUCCCGCCCGCCCCGGGCCCGGGCCACUCGGAGUCGGCCGUGACUCCCGCCCCGGCUCCCGUCCCGGCUCCCGCUCUGUCCUCCGCCUUGGCUGCCGACCAGGCCCCGGCCCCGGCCCCGGCCCCGGCCCCAGCCCCGGCCCCGGCCCCGGCCCCAUCCCCGGCUCCAGCUCCCACUGUGGACGAGCCAUUACCACCUGCGCCCGCGCCCGCUCCCGUGCCCGUUAAGACCCGCACGCGCAGGAACAAGGGUCCCCGUGCAGCCCGCGCGGUUCCGCGUGAGGAUGGCGCGCCCGGAGAUGGUCCCCGCGAACGUACAGCCACUACUGUGACUAACAGCCGUGGUGCAGGGGGUGGCGGCAGCGGGUCUCUUCCGGCGGGGGCAGCUAAUUCGGGCGCCGCGCGCCACUGGCCACCCUUCCAGGUGCUUAACUCCUGUCCCUGCAAGUGUUACUGCCGCCACCAGCCACGCCACCGCCGCCUGCCAAGAAACGUGUCUGCCUGGCUGAGCACGCCCACCAACCACCUGAGUGAGCCACCCUGGGUUGCCACCAUCAAGUUGGCCGGCUCCCUGGUAGCCGGGCUGGAGCACUAUGACUUGCAGGCUAUCCAUUCCAACUGA